AUGGGAUUCCUCCUCACCCGUGCCGUCAAUUACGCCACCUCCGCUGCCGCUCCGGCGUUAUCUCCGUCUCCUCCGAGGACAAAGCCCGGUGGACCGAGUGGGAAGAUUACGGACGAGUUCACGGUUGCCGGUGCAAUCGGCCGCGUGUGUCGGGUGAUCGGUGCCGUGGUCGAUGUGAGGUUCGAUGAGGGGUUACCUCCGAUCUUAACAGCUCUGGAGGUUCUGGAUAAUUCGAUAAGAGUGGUGCUGGAAGUGGCUCAGCAUUUGGGUGAGAGCAUGGUGAGGACCAUUGGCAUGGCCGGGACCGAAGGGCUUGCUCGUGGACAGAGAGUGCUCAACACUGGCUCUCCCAUCACUGCAAAAUCGGCAAUGCUUGCAAGUGUUGCUGAUUCUGAUUUUGCUGACGUAGUACCGGUGGUUGAUAUAUUGGAAUAA